UUUCCUUAUACUAUGUGUCUAUUGGAUUUCUUUUUCUCCUCGGAGUCUCGAUUUUCGAUCUACCGAAACAAACAAUUAUUUUCCAUCUCAGCAGCAGCAUGAAUACCUUUGCCAAUGGACUCACCGGCAAGGCCGUCUCUUGGGCAACAGAAAUGGUGAGGCGUGGGAGGUUUGAGCUAUUGAUCAAAAAGUUCAAACGCACGUAUGCGGAUGCUGCGGAGAAGGAGCGGCGAUUUGCAAUCUUUUGCAAAAAUGUGGACUUUAUAAACAAGUGCCGUGCAGAGAAGCGAAUGGUUAAGGGACCACGUUCCCGGGUUGGGCUAAACAAGUUUUUCGACAUGACACAUGAGGACAUAGUUGGAAAUUAUUGCCGGAGGGUAGUGAGAAGCAGUGCAAAUGAGCUUGGCAAAUCGACACGGUUUCCAUCAGUAGAGGUGGGUGCUACUAGCGGGCAAGAGAUCCAGAAGAAGAAACUCUGUCUGCUAUGCAGGCAGCCACUCCAAAAUAUUGGUCCGGAUGGUGCUGUUGCUGUUGAGUAGAUUUUAGUCUUGCGGGUCUCUCUGGAGGUUUCCGCUAUUCCACUGAUGUUCUACUUUACUUGUGUCUUAACUUAUGAUGGAACUUGUAGUAUGUAGGAGGCCGUAUAAGCGUAUGUUAUAACUUAUGCUGAAGUCUGUC